AGAUGAAUCUGGAGAUGAGAUAUUGGAGUCAGUGACUGACACGGCUCAAUGAAUAUACUGCAAUUACGUUUACACGAAUAUCAUACGGAACCCUGGUAAAAACAAUCAAUUUACGGUGUACUCCCAGACUUUGAAUGUUUUGGAAUCACGACUCCGAGCUUGCCCCUCCAUGAAUAGCAUGCUGAGAUUAUUCGAGAGCUCGUUUUAUAUUCUCUAUGCAUUUAUGUAGAACGGAGCCCGAUGGUUCGAUAUCUCUAUCCACCAAACUUUUUAAAAGAUCUCCAAGUGAAUACGGCACGUGAUGCAGCAAACAGAAGGAACGGGCAGUCGGGUAUUUACGAUUUUGUGAAUAUCCAAAGUAAAUCCAAGACAAGACAAAAUCCCACGUCUCUUCAAUUAGGAGCCUUGCGCUGUUAGAUCGAUUUGUUUUUCAUAAUCUGCGCUAUUUUAUGCCCAAUUUUGCCCUCUUGCUUCAUCUAAUUAUCAACGAUACCGACAAUGGCUUUGACCAAGCUGGAUAGGCUCAAAAUGCUAAUGGGAGAGGACGAUCUGCCCAUUGGCAACGAUCCAGUCUUGGAAGAAGGGAUUGUGGAAGAGGAGAUAACCUCAACUGCGGUGGGAACAGCUCAAGAAGGAACCAACCUAGUCUUCCAACCUACCGAUUACGACAUGUUUCAUGGCGAAGAGUACCGUGACGACAACAUUGUUCCGGCGUACGACUCCUCAGAUGAGGGACCAAGGACUGUACAUCGCCAACGACGACCCAAGUCACCUAAUCAUAAGCAUAAUCAGCUGCACAAAGAGAGGGACGUUACACGACUCGUAUCUCCAAAUGCCGGGGCAGAUGCUACUACUUCAGGCUUCAUAGAGCUCGAUAGCAGAAUUGGCCAGCUCGCCUUGCCAGAACAAGUGUUUUGUCCGAUACAGGCUGUCGCCAAAUAUCCAUACCGCUAUGUCAACAAAGAAGCGGAGGAGGCAAUAGCACGAAAAUUCUUUGCUGGCGGAAAGUUCUAUGAAAGGAAUUGGGACGUAUAUUACCUCCACGCCCCCUAUAGUCUCUCUACCAAGCCGUUGCUUUUUGUGCUGGCAGAACAAGUCUACGAUUUACUUGAUGAGAUCAACAAGACGUUCGGCUGCAAACUCGGGUUUCCAGCAAACUCCGUUGAAAGUGGUUUCGAGAUGAGUUUUUCCGAAGAGCACGUUCCGCGGCCGCGGUUCCUGGGACAGUGUAAUACCCAAGCAGCGUUCAAAGAACUAGAGCGCAACAUUCCGUCCAUCUCAUUCAAGCCAGACCAUGAAAAAGUGUCCGAGGCUGGUCAACCGACGGAUAAAUCGCUCAACGCCUUUAAGAAAAAGGUCGAACUUGCACUAGAGAUUGCAAGGAACAGAAAUAAAGCUUCAAAAGCAAAGAAAAGAACCCAGCGCAUAGAUCGCCAGCAAGGCUGGGUAAAAGAAUUGAAAAAGGCUCAGCGCUUCUUAGGUCUUCGACCAGAGCAAUCCGCCGUUGCCGAAGCACAUCCUCCUUCUGACGAUGAUCAGCUCUGGGAGGACACGCAACAGGAUCAAGAGCACAGUGUUCCCGGUGAGAACACCAAGCAAUUGGACACGGAAUGCUCUGCGCCAUUUCCGUUUGACAAGUCCGUCGUGUUUGUUUGCGUUGACGUUGAAGCCUUUGAGCGCAAUCACAACAUUGUGACCGAGAUUGGAGUUGCUACUCUUGAUACUAAUGACCUCAUUGGCACAUGCCCCGGAGAAUCUGGUAGAAACUGGAUCUCAAAGAUUCGGUCUCGACACUUUCGCGUCUCUGAUAACUCCCAUCUUCAGAAUAAAGAUUUUGUGGAUGGUUGCGCGGACAAGUUCGAAUUCGGCAAGAGCGAAUGGGUCACACUUAGGGAUGCACCGCAGGUGGUCGCGUCUUGUUUUCGCCCGCCAUUUUCUGCGCCAAAUCUUUCUAGUUUGGACUCUUCUGACAACUCCUCUGUUGACGAUGAGGAGGAAUCUCACGCGGUCGACGCGAGUGACGACAUUACUGAAGAUUAUCAAGGGACUGAAGACCUCGAGCAAGGCAAAACCACGACGGAACGAUCUACUGUCGAAGCCCUUGGCGAAGACGUCGCCGAGGUUUGCAUCAACGACGAGAACAGUCCAGAAGCAGAUGAAAUAGGGGACCAAGAAGAAGAGGAACCGGAAGACGAAGCAAACGCAGAACCUCGCAAUAUCGUUCUCGUCGGCCACGACGUCUCAAUUGACGUCGGAUACCUCCAGAAAAUCGGCUACAAUCCACACAAUCUCUCCAACCUGAUCCAAGUCAUUGAUACUGCAAACCUAUAUCGAGCCUGGAAACGCGAUAGCACGACACGCUCGCUUGCUACUAUCUUUUAUGACUUGGACUUUGUCGGAUGGAAUUUCCAUAAUGCCGGCAACGACGCGACGUAUACGCUGCAAGCCAUGCUUUGGCUUUCGAUUCGCGCUCUGACUCCGCUCUCGAAAGAAGCCAUGAAAGAAGAGCGUCUUGAAAAGGCAAGAGAAGCGUUGAAAGUUGCUGCGGAGAAGAUUUGGGAUGAUGGUGAAGGAUGGAGUGAUGUGGAUGAAGUUGGUGGUGGUGUUGUUCUUGGAGGAGGAGGGGGCGGUGGUCGUUUUGGUCGUGGUAGUAAUAGUACUGGUGGUAAUAGUACUGGUGGUAAUAGUACUGGUGGUAAUAGUACUGGUGGUAUUAGUACUGGUGGUAUUAGUACUGGUGGUACUGGCGGCGGCGUUUCCAUCAAACCGGAAACUUAUCCCCCAGACCCCCAGCCAACUUGAACGAUCAUGUUAUUCACGAAAAAGGUUACUU